AUGGUCGAAACAACGUCGAUCCAACGCUACACGAUCAAGUUACCGAUGCUGCAGCCACCGUCUCCGCUGUUGGAGAUGGCCUCACUGCGUCUGCCAGACUCGGAGGAGUUCGACGCCGACACGCGUCGUAGGAGCAACAGCGGCAAUGUCCCUUCUACGACCGUCUCGGCCGUUCCACCGGCCACCGGUACGCUGUUACAGAUGAGAAACGACCUGGGCGAUUAUCUGAGCAAUCUGAUAACAGAGGCGAUCACGACGAAUCCGAGAACGUCGAUGGAGGAGCACAGUGGGCUGUUGAACGCGAGUAAAAAUGGGAAUUUGUCCACCGCCGAACAGUUACCAGAUCGUUUGUACAGGCAUAGCAUGGCUAUGUCGGCUGUCUACUGUGUCGCCUAUGUACUGGUCUUUGUCGUUGGCCUGAUUGGGAACAGUUUCGUCAUCGCCGUGGUUUACCGGUCGCCGAGGAUGAGGACCGUCACGAACUUCUUCAUCGUCAAUCUCGCUGUAGCCGACGUGCUUGUCAUCGUGUUCUGCCUACCUGCUACCUUGAUGAGCAACAUCUUUGUUCCAUGGUUCCUGGGAUGGUUCAUGUGUAAAGCCGUGGCUUAUAUACAGGGCGUUUCUGUGGCGGCCUCUGUCUACAGCCUUGUUGCGGUUUCCUUGGACAGGUUCCUGGCAAUCUGGUGGCCCCUGAAGUGUCAGAUAACGAAGCGUCGUGCCCGAAUGAUGAUCGUCGUGAUCUGGUUCAUCGCUCUCACGAUCACCUCACCGUGGCUUCUCUUCUUCGACCUGGUCGCCAUCUACGACGACGAUCCAGACCUGAGACUCUGCCUCGAGGUUUGGCCUCAACCGGAAGACGGCACCCUUUUCUUCCUAAUCGGCAAUCUAACACUCUGCUACGUUCUUCCCACCAUUCUAAUCUCCCUCUGUUACAUACUGAUCUGGAUCAAGGUGUGGCGAAGGCACAUACCCACCGACACGAAAGACGCUCAGAUGGAGAGGAUACAGCAGAAAUCGAAGGUCAAAGUCGUGAAAAUGUUAGUCGUCGUCGUCAUACUCUUCGUCUUAUCGUGGUUGCCCCUCUACGUGAUCUUCACGGUGAUCAAGAUCGGCGGUGACGUGGCCGAAAGAGAGGACGAGAUCUUGCCUAUCGCCACGCCGAUCGCUCAAUGGCUAGGCGCCAGCAAUUCCUGCAUCAAUCCGAUCCUCUACGCCUUCUUCAACAAGAAAUACCGACGCGGUUUCGUCGCGAUCCUCAAGAGCGGACGUUGCUGCGGAAAGAUCAGAUACUACGAGACCGUCGCGAUGAUGUCAUCCUCCACCAGCAUGAGGAAGUCCUCCUAUUACGUGAACAACAACAACAACAACUCAUCGACCAGACGAACCUUCCACGGACCGCCUGUCCAUCAAGAGAGCAACGUUUCCUACAUAUUCAACCACACCGGCGUCUAA